CCCCCCUCCCCCGUUCGCGCUCGGGGAGGAGACGGGGACGAUGGAGGGGCUGUCGCAGGAGAAGCGCGCCUUCCUUGUCCGUUCUUUGCUUGUCAGUCUUUCUUUCAAACCUGCCUACCUACCGAUUAUUACUUGACAGCUGCGUAUAUCCAGCCAGCAAACCUGUUCGUAUUUCUCCAACUUGACCCAGGAUUGGCCCGAAGACCCAAAGCAUUUCCCACACAAGAACCGACCGACCGACCGACCGACCAGUCGGUCCCCCGAAGCCAAUAAUGGCGGCUCGAUGUCUCCCACCCGAGCCAUUCCAGUCAACCAAAUCACCUAGUCCACCACCACCUCUUUCGACUGCAACCCUCCACAAGCCUGGCCACCGCCUUUCCCAACACCCCCUGUGGCGCGUCAAACUAGCGACGCCUAAACGAGAGAGGCGGCGGCUGCAGCAGCAGUUGGCUUGGAUGGGGGGGCAAGAGGCGAAGAAAACCAACAAUCCGCAAGACAUCUUCUUGUUUAUCCAUCGGGCUGCCUUUCCUGUCCAGAGAUGCAGAUCCCAAAAGAUACGGACAACGGCCAACCUGCCGUCAACCUUGGGCUGCAGCGCGACACCACCAAGCCAUCAAUGGGUAGGUAUCCGUAUUUCUACCUAGCGUUCGUACAAGCAUUCAGGCAAUCAAUGGUCUAGCUAGUCACCAUGGUUCUUUUCGCUUCACUCCAUCCCGCUUGCAAGGCCUUGAUACACGUACUGGCUCCGCAACACCAGAAAAGGAGGUUCCAGCUUGGGCAUGUCUGGACCACAAGGCUCGUCUCAAGCAAAACGGAGCCCCGUCCUCGCUUCUCCUGAUCUCGAGCUCCAUCCAGUUCACGCCUGCUUCUUCGUCUUCUGCAUGACUGUCGGAACAAGUACUCCCUAGCAUCGUGUGCACUAAAAAAAGUGCAAGACUCCAUCCACUGCGGAGUCGAACUGCCUGCGCUACGGAUACGUUGAAUGGGUAUUCUGAAAUAUCAUUACCCCACCACCCAACAUCCCCGCCAGAUGUAAGAUGAGCUGUUGCCCGGCAUGGCAACAAUGGCCCUCGUUGCUCAACCUCUCUGGGUAGUAGGUACGGAGACCUUGCCCACUUGAGGUAGGUACUCACAACAUCUCAGGUCACUCGCGUUCCACGGGGCAUCCUUACGGUCUGCUCGUUGCAGUGUGAAUGCCU